GCACACCGGAGUUCUCGCCUUUACAGCAUGCAUGGUCACGGCAUGGGCAUGGUCACCACUGAAUUCCCACCUCCGGCCGAAUUAUGGCCGCCGCGACGGGGCUUUCUUCGAUGCAGUGGUGAUGACAGCGGAGGCUUUCGCCUUAGACCCUGGAUUUCACAUUAUAGCGACAAGAUGAUUGUUAUAACCCUCAUUGGGUGCCUUGAAAAAGGCACCCAUGAGCCUGCCCAAGGCUUCGCGGUUUGGCCAGGUGACAUACACCACUCACAAUGGAGGCCGACUUGCCAAUCCACAACACGGAGGGGACAAUUAUCGAUCGCUUUCUCGCCAACGCUUCCUGCAGGCACGACGCGCCGCUGGCCAUCUGCACUCAUGACGUUGCCCUGACAUACCCUCAGCUAGACCAGUACUCGCUCAGGCUGGCGAGGCUGCUUGUCCACAAGGGGUUCAAGAAAGAGGACAUCAUACUCUGCCGCUUUCGCAAAUCACCCUGGGCUGUCGUCUGCUUUGUUGCAAUUCUUCGCGCCGGCUUGGCCUUCACACCCGUUGAUAUCUCGUAUCCAGCCUCCCGAGUGCAUCAGAUCGCCAGCCAGACUGACUCGAAGUUGAUUCUCGAAUCGGAAUCAGACCUGGAAUGCCCCUGGGGCCUUGAGGCCUUGUAUAUCGACGAGCGCUUUUUUGAGGAACUUCGAGACAAUGUCAAUAUCGCAACACCAGAUAUUGACGGCCAUGACUUGGCCUACGUGUACUUCACUAGCGGCUCGACUGGGCAACCUAAAGGAGUCAUGGUCGAGCACAGAGCAAUCUACACGAGCCUGGUCGCCCAUGGACGACGCCUGGGCAUGAACGCGGCAUCUCGCGUUUUACAAGCCACAUCGUACACUUUCGAUCCGUGUCUGACAGAGAUCUUCGCCACGCUCAUCUAUGGCGGCUGUAUAUGUGUACCCACGGACUUGAGUCGACUUGCUGAGUCCAUCAACACGCUCUCGGUCAACUGGGCAUUCUUCACACCUUCAACCAUCUCACUUCUCGAUCCCGACGAAGUCCCUCUCUUGCAGACGGUGUCAGUUGGUGGAGAGGCACUCACGCAAGAUUGUGUCGACACAUGGGCCUCCAAGGUUCGGCUUUUCAACAGUUAUGGGCCCACCGAGGCUUGCGUGUUUUGCUGUAUCGCCUCUACCGAACCGCAAUCGUCGCGCGCCAACAUUGGCUAUGCCACAGGCUGUCGCGCAUGGAUUGUAGACCCGAGAGAUCACAACAUCCUAUGCGAGGUUGGCGAAGUGGGAGAAUUGGCCAUUGAAGGAGAGAUCCUUGCCCGCGGCUACCUCGGCGAUCCACAAAGGACAGCAAAGUCAUUCGUGACGUGGGCUGGCGAGCUCUGCCAAGGUGCUGCCCCCAGGAGACUUUACAAGACAGGAGAUCUGGCACGAUUUGAGCGGGACGGCUCGUUAUCCUGUCUUGGUCGAAAGGACAGACAGGUGAAAAUCCGAGGUCAACGAGUCGAACUUGGAGACAUCGAGAGCCAUAUAAUGCAGCAUGGACGCGGCAAGAUCCAGACGGCCGUGGUGGAAUACGCCAAGAGAAACAACACCGACCAUCUCAUCGCGUUUCUCGUGUUGGAGCUCUCCGAUUGGAAAGCCAGCUUGCAGGAACGUUGGGAUGCUUUGCGCGACGAGCUCGAAUCGAAUCUAUUACAGAGUCUCCCAUCUUACAUGGUGCCCAGCCACUUCGUUCCCAUGACGACCUUGCCCAAGACCACCUCUGGGAAAGCAGAUCGGGCUUUAUUGCUCAAGACGUUCGACGAAGAGUAUUUGGCUCGCAUCCAAGAAGGCCACGCAGAAAGCAUCACUGGAUACAGUCAAGAACUGGAUCCUGUACAAGAUGCCAUCAAGGCCGAGGUGGCUCGGGUUCUUUCCUUGUCUCCCUCGACUGUCGAUCUAUGCCUCGGCUUUCUUCAAUUGGGCGGCAACUCUCUCCUCGCCAUCAAACUUGUCGCGCGUCUCCGGAAGUUGGAUUUUCAACUGGCCACAAAAGAUGUCUUACUGGCCGAGUCUCUCGUGAUUUUGGCCACUCAAGUGAAGAAAUCAGCCAGCAAGGGUGUCGCGGAAACAGCAGGACCCCAAAGGAGCGACACGCACACCUCUACACCGCACCAUCUACGUGAUCUGAAGCCUUGGGCCGCAUAUCACAUCGGUGUUUCCACCGAGGCUAUCCAAAGCCUGCAUUCAUGCACCCCCUUCCAGGAGAGCCUGAUGCCGUCGUUGGCACGUCACCCGUGCACUUAUGUCGCACAGUACUCGUUUGAACUUCCCGGCAACGUGAAAAUAGACCAAUUCAAGUCGUGCUGGGACUCAGCCUAUCAAGGGUUUCCCAUCUUACGGUCUCGCUUCCUUCUGGCACCAGAGAAUGGACCCGUGCGCGUGGUUGUCGAUGAAGAAAUUGUGUGGCUCGUCCAAGACGACGAAUUUAGCCAUACCCAAUGUCAGGAGAUGAUGGAUAGUCUCACGGUUGGAAGUACGCUUUCUGUCUUUGCACUUCAAGUCUCCAAUGGUCGCUAUCGGUUUAUCCUGACACUGCACCAUCUCCUGUUUGACGAGUGGUCGCUGCAGCUUUGCCUCGACCACGUCGCUCAACUAUACAAUGGCACGUCACCACAGAUUCACCGAGGCGCUUCAUUCGAUCCGUUCGUGGACUUUUCCAUCGAGGCUGCCAGGAGCACGGUGUCCAGGGAUUUCUGGCUUGCCCACCUGAGCAACUUCUGUGCAGGGCCGUUUCCAAGGCUUCCGUCUCCCGACUAUCAGCCGAUGCUGAGGGACUCGCGAAAGAUCAGAGUGGAAUAUUCGGCCAGCUCUGUUCUAAUACGAGCCUCUCUCGCUCUCGCCAUAGGCGCGUACACCGGCUUGCAUGACGUUUGUUUUGGUACCGUGAUGAGUGGACGCGAUGCGGCCAUGCCCUUCGUCGAUGAAGUCGUCGGCCCUACAUUAGCGACGGUUCCCGUUCGGAUUGCCUGGGACCCAACACAGACGGUUGCCGACUUCGCGGGUGUGGUGAAGACUGGACAAGAAUUGGCAUCCCCGCAUGAGCAUCUCGGUCUUCAAAACAUCCGAAAGACCUGUACCGGUGCCGCCAACGCGUGCGAGUUCCAGACCAUGCUCGUGAUUCAAGCCCCGUCGCCGAGAGACAAGACGGACGACUUAUUCGGCGCCCGGACAGAAACUGAGAAUCGAGACUCGCAUGCUCUAGUUCUAGAAUGCACAAUGGCGCUAGGGUCCUUGACCAUUGAAGCUCGUUUCGACACCUUCGCUAUUUCGACGACUCAAUGUGAGCGUCUUUUGGGUUUAUGGACUCACAUAUUAGAGCAACUGUUGAGCCUGGAUCCCCACACGCGAUUGGUAUCCCUGCGUGGAAUCAGCAACCAAGACCUGGACACCCUUGCCCUGUGGAACGAAUCGGUUCCGCCGCUGGCAUUCGGGUUUGUUCAUGAUGGUUUAGCAGCUUGGGCCCGAGUCCAGCCGAACGAGGUAGCUCUUGAUUCAUGGGAUGGCUGUCUCACUUAUCUGGAGCUUGAUGGCAUUACCUCGAGACUUGCUGCUCUCCUGGUGGCAUUCAACCCCAGCAAGAUCAUCCCGUUGCAUUUCCCCAAGGGCCUCCCCAUGGUGGUUGCGAUAUGGGCGGUCUUGAAGUCUGGCCGAGCUUUCCUCUCACUCGACAUAGAAGCACCCGCAGACCGAGUCGCGAGCAUCAUAGAACAACUGGACAACCCCCUUGUCCUUAGCCAUGACGCGAAAGCCAUGAAGGCCCUACUUCCUGUCCACUGCUGGACAGUGAAUCGGGCAUUCUUGGCUCAACUACCAAGAAUUCCUCGGAAAUGGCGUGCCCCUCGCGUUUCUCCUCAUGACCUUGCAUACCUGAUCAUGACGUCCGGAUCUACUGGCCGUCCCAAAGGCGUCAUGAUUGAACAUGCGUCCAUUAUGACAACCGUCGUGUACAGCGGGCCCUGCUGGGGCAUCAAGCGGUCCUCGCGCAUGCUCCAAUUUGCGUCGGUCGCCUUCGACGCAGCCGUCAUGGACAUGAUGGCGGCAGUGGUGCACGGUGCCUGCUUGUGUGUGCCGGAGCAGGUGACGAGGUUGGAUUCGCUGACGCAGUUCAUGAAGCGGAAGAGGGUCAACUGGUCCUUCUUCACGCCAUCAUUCCUGCGGCUGAUCAAGCCGUCGGAGCUGCCAGACCUGGUCACGGUAGUUGCGGGAGGCGAGGCACUGACGCACGAAGCCGCCGAAAGCUGGGCUGCGAGUGUCCACCUCGUCAACGCGUAUGGGCCCAGCGAGUGCGCCAUCACCUGCGCAUCCACGCCCGUCGGCAGCGACUGCGCCAACAUCACGUCAAUCGGGAGGGCCGUUGGCUGCGCUACGUGGAUCGUUGAUCCUGAGGAUCAUGACCGCCUCAUGCCGAUUGGCGCCGUGGGUGAGCUGCUCAUCGAGGGUGCCAUCGUUGGGCGUGGCUACUUGGAGGACAGCGAGAAGACGGCGGCUGCCUUCAUCUCGGCACCUUCGUGGGCCAGCCAAUUUCGCAGAGACUUUGCGCGCAUGUAUAAAACAGGUGAUCUGGUCCGCUACGACAACAGUGGCUGCCUCGUGUAUGUGGGUCGCAAAGAUAAUCAGGUCAAGCUUCGAGGACAACGACUCGAACUUGGCGAGGUUGAGCAUCACACCGGGGUAGCAGCCUCUUCCCGUCCGGCUUUGUGCUUCGUGCCCAAGAAAGGACCGCUCGCCCGGAGGUUGGUCGCAGUUCUCGGCGCCGGGCCCAGCAACGUCGUGCCAACGUCUGUAUUUCGACCGGUUGCGCUCGAACCGGAUGAUGCAGUCCAUGCCGACAUCCGGUCGGUUCGAGAUGGCGUUUCGAAGACACUGCCGAGAUACAUGGUCCCGGAGAGAAUUGCCAUCUUGCAUGACAUGCCCAUCACUAUUUCGGGGAAGUUGGAUCGCAAGGCCGUUGCUGCUUGGAUUGACCAACUUGCCGAGGGAGUUGAACGCCUCUUCUCCGCGGGAGAAGGGGAAGGGGGUAGUGGCAACACCGCCCACGCAACACCUACCAAUGCCAUCGAGGCAGCUCUGCAGAAUGUCUGGGCCGCUGUUCUUGGUAUGCCCUUGGACAAGGCCGGGACAAAUCACUCGUUUCAAGCUCUCGGAGGAGACUCGAUAACCGCCAUGCAAGCAGUCGCUCGAAGUCGAAACAGGGGGCUCGAGAUUGACAUCAAGCACCUCCUUCGGGGCGACACUAUCCAAACCCUUGCAACCAUGGCCAGACCCAGACCCGACAUGGAAAUGCCGCUCAACAAGCGACACCGUGUUAUCGAUCGGCCCUUCGCUUUAUCUCCAAUCCAGAGAGCCUACGUUGCCCUGGCUCCGGCAGACAAGGCCCACCACUUCAAUCAGAGUCUCCAGGUCCGAUUACGACGCCCAAUUUCCACGCAAGCGCUUUCCGAUGCUAUGAGGGCCGUGGUUGGGCGGCAUGCAUCGCUGCGCACGAGAUACCAUCUGUCCACUCCCGGCGCAUCGACCCAGCGCGUCACUCAAGUUAUUGAAGGCUCGUUCACGGUAUCCUCAAGUCGUGCUGUUGAAGCGGCGUGCGUCACGCGGCUGCUGCAAGCCAUCCAGAUGAUACCAGACCCAACUGCUGGCCCCAUCAUCCACUGCGAGCUCGUCUACGGGCCCGACGACCUACAGCGCAUCAUUCUCGUGGCACCUCAUCUGGCGGUAGACAUUGUCUCCUGGAGGCUCAUCUUGGAAGAUCUGGAAGGUGUCCUGGAAGGAAACUCGCCGGAAUCACGCCCACCAGAGUCAUUCCAAGAGUGGUGUGAGAGUAAACUGCUCCAUUCCCUUCCGAAGCUUGACUUGCCCCCGCCACGAUACGACUACUGGGAUGUUGAUCCUGCCACCCUCACCUAUGAAGGUGUCGCACGAGAGUCGUUCUUGCUCGACACGGAUACGACUGCCUCGUGCCUUGGGAAGAGCAACGAAUGUUUGCGCACAAAGCCCACGGAUCUAUUCAUUGCUGCUCUCAUUCUGGCCUUCCAGAUGACAUUCCAUGACCGGAGCCCACCCGCCAUCUGCCUCGAAGGACACGGUCGCCAGCCGGUCGAUGGUGAGGUGGAUAUUUCGAAUACCGUAGGAUGGUUCACCACUGUCCUCCCAGUACAUGCCCCCUGCGUCGCGGGACAAGGCCUGGUUGAGUUUUUAAGAAACGUCAAGGAUGCAAGGUUCCAAGCCGAGAACACGGGCGCCGACUUCUUCGCCGCCCAGACGGUUUCCCUGGCCUCAGACCUGAAAGUCCCAGAAAUUCUGAUGAAUUUCACUGGCGUCCAGCAUGAAGUUGAUCACGACGCAGGAGGGGGCCUAUUCUUGGCCGAUCCUGACGGCUGUGGCGAUCAGUACGACUUCAGCGACAACAUGCGCCGCUUUGCCGUCUUUGACGUCGCCGCCUGUGUGAAAGAUGGCAGGCUUCACUUUGAGUUUCUGUACAGCCCCAACAUCAAAUACUCGGCAAAUGUGGGGGACUGGAUCUCCAACUGCAAGUACGUGCUGCAGGAUCUAUCGACAAGACUGGCUCUCGCAUCACCUCAGCCGACCCUCUCGGACUACCCGCAUAUUGCGCUCACGUAUCCCGAGUUGUACAAGCUCGAGUCCCAUCUGCAGCGGCUCGGCAUUGCCACGGCUCGAAAAGACGACGGUCUCAGGGCUUCCUCCAUCUACCCAGCAACGCCCCUGCAGGUCCAAAUGCUCCGUGCCCAGCAAGCGAACUCCAACUGCUGGCGCCCAAGUCUAGUAUUCAGAGUGGCCACACGCGAUGGAUCGCCCAUCGAGCUGCAAGGCCUGUCGACCGCGUGGCGACAAGUCAUCGCAGCCCACCAGAUUCUGCGGACAAUCUUGAUACCAGACACACGAAAAGGCAUGGCCGGGUUCCUCAACGUGGUGGUCGAGGACUACCCUGGUGCCCGCUUGGUUGACAUCAGCACCACCGUGGAUUUCCAAGCACUGCCUCGAACCGAGUGGCAGUCGGGUGAGCCACAGCAUCUCCUCACCAUCCUAAAGCACAGCCCGACGAGUGCCUUGUGUCGCUUGGAGGUCAACCAUGCCCUGAUCGACCAUGGUUCCAUGCCAAUGGUGUUGGACGCAUUCUCGCAGGCCUACGCAGGCAAGCCGGCGGGGAUGGCUGCCUGCCCAUACCAAGAAUACGCUGCGCAGCUUUCCAAGGUGCCAGCCGAUGCCGGCUUGAAUUUCUGGCGAUCCUACUUGAAGAAUGCCGAGGCGUCUCAAACGACGGACGGACCUACAGGUGACGUCCGCAUGUACGGAAUUGAAAGAACAUUUGCGACACCGAUCGACCUAGCCCAGGCCACCAAGCACCUGUCCAAAGCCUCGGAAACCUCGGGCAUCACGCCAGCAACCAUCUUCCGUCUGGCCUGGGCCCUGGUGCUGGGCGCGCACACGGGAAAGGACGAUGUCGUAUUUGGCUUCUUGGUAUCGGGUCGGGACGCACCGUUUGACAAUAUCGACCGUGUCGUGGGCCCCGUUUUUAACAUCGUCGCCUGUCGAGUCCCGGAUAUCAGGAGAGGGACGCUGGAGCUGCUCCGAUGCGUCCAGGACGACUUCUUCGCCGGCUCGAAGCACCAGCAUUACCUGGCGACGUACUUGGCGGCAGAGCGUACCGAAUUGUUCGACUCGGUCGUCAACUUCCGGCGACAUGGGAAAGCCGUGGGUGGCGGCAAGCAUGAAAGCUCCGGUCCACUCGUGUUUGAGGAGUUGCCCGGUAUUAGCGAGGAUCCUUACGAGUAUGCCACGGUCGUGGAGAUAGACAGUUACGACGGUAUCGGUAUUGAAGCAAGUCUCACGUGCUGGUCGGAGUUGGUAUCGAGGGAACUUGCUGGACGAUUGGCAACCAAGUUCAGUGCGGCUCUUUCGAAGAUUGUUGAUGAUGUGCUCAGCGUGUCUGCGUCUUAAUAGGAUAGGGCUAUCUUAAAGCUAAGUCUAGAAUCAACUAGAAGCGCGUAUGUGAAGCAAACCUUAGAAGAAACGUGAUAACUCAAUAGACACUGCAGCC